AUGGAGACGGUGAAGAAGAGGAGUGACCGAGGCGCUGAUAUUGAAGUGUCAUUUGAUGCAAAUGAGUUUGGGAAGGCAGAAGUGUUGGACCAUUGGGUGAAGCCUCAGCUUCUUCGUAGCAGAAAGGGUGCAGCAGUAAAAGAAGACUUGAAAGACUAUACUGCUGUCUUCUUGAGAGUCUUCAUAUACCAACGCAAACCUUUGGUCCUCUUCUGUAGCGAUCAGAGCAGGUCUUCAAUGAAUUAUAUCGAUCAUGAUCUCACCACUUACGGCACCUUUCUUGAUCUUGACCCUUCUCAUGAGAAUCUCUCACUUAGAAGCUUGAUUGAUCACUCAGUAGUGGAAAGUUUUGGGGGAGAAGGUAGAGCGGUCAUUACAGCCAGAGUUUACCCCACAAUGGCAAUCAAUGAUGAGGCUCAACGUUAUAUGUUCAAUUACGGUGCUGUUGAUGUGAAGAUCACCGGCUUGAGAGCUUGGAGCAUGAAGAAAGCACAAAUCAAUUGA